GCGCCUUCCGGGAUGAGAGACGGAGCUUUUUUUUUCAUCCAAAGCGAGUACAAUAGUGAAUUUGGAUGAUAAAACAAUCUACACCAACGUUUGGAUCGAUAUCUGCAUCGAUCUGCCCACCCUUGUCUCCUGGAUCGUAGCUGAGAUCAGCGUGAACCACGUGGGUCUCUGCUCCCUGAUCUGUUUCCUGUGUUUGGAAAGAGUUCCAGCUUCAUCACGGAGUUUCUCUCGGUUUGUGGGCUCAUCUAAAGCUGAUCAGCAGGAGGAGAAGAGUCUGACGGAGCAGCAGAGGAACAUUUUCAGCCAUCUGGAAUCAGCUGAGUCACUACAGAGGAAACAAUGAGCUCAACACAGAAGGACCAACAUGAAGCGAGAAGUCAGCGCUCUCAGGAGGCCGACAAACCUCACAGAAGAAAGAGAGAGAAAACAUACACCUGUGACGAGUGUGGGAAGGAGUUUUCUAGGAAGUAUAAACUAAAGCAGCAUCAGGUCAUCCACACUGGAGAGAGACCGUACAGCUGUGACUUGUGUGGAAAGUCUUUUUCCUGGAAGGGUUCCCUAAAAACACACCAAGUCAUUCACAGUGGAGUUAAAGCGUACAGCUGUGAUCAAUGUGGCAGAGCUUUUACUGACAGUAGCGGCUUACGGAGUCAUCUAACUACCCACUCUGGAAUUAAGGCGUACAGCUGUGAUCAGUGUGGCAGAGCUUUUACUCACAGUAGCGGCUUACGGAGUCAUCUAACUACCCACUCUGGAUUUAAGGCAUACAGCUGUGACAUUUGUGGAAAAACUUUCAGCCGGAUAGGGAACCGAAAUACACACCUACGCAUUCACACUGGACAUGAUGUGUACUUCUGUAAUCAGUGUGGCAAACAGUUUACAAACAACGCGCACUUACAAUACCACAUGUUUACCCACACUGAGGAGAGACCUCAUAAAUGUGACCUGUGUGAGAAGACUUUUAAAACUCCACAUUGCCUGAGGCGACACCAACAGAUCCACACCAGAAAGAGACUCUACAAGUGCAGUUACAGUGAGGACCAACAUGGAGCGAGAAGUCAAUGCUCUCAGGAGGCCGACAAACCUCACAGAAGAAAGGGAGAGAAAACAUACACCUGUGACGAGUGUGGGAAGGAUUUUACUAUGAAGGAUAAACUAAAACAUCAUCAGGUCAUCCACACCGGAGAGAAACCGUUCAGCUGUGACUUGUGUGGAAAGACUUUUUCCUGGAAGGGAUCCCUAAAAACACACCAACUUAUCCACAGUGGAGUUAAAGCCUACAGCUGUGAUCAGUGUGGCAGAGCUUUUACUCACAGUAGCUACUUACAGAGUCAUCUAGUUACCCACUCUGGAAUUAAGGCGUACAGCUGUGACAUUUGUGGAAAAACCUUCAGCCGGAUUCAGAGCAGAAAUACACACCUGCGCAUUCACUCCAGACAUGAUGUGUACUACUGUGAUCAGUGUGGCAAAUACUUUACAACAAACAGGCAGUUACAAGCCCACAUGUUUACCCACACUGAGGAACGACCUUAUAAAUGUGACCUGUGUGAGAUGACUUUUAAAGCUCCACGUAUCCUGAGACAACACCAACAGAUCCACGCCAGAAAGAAACUCUACAAGUGCAGUUACUGUGAGAAGCUGAGCGACACAGAUGGAUCCAGUUCUCAACCCUGUCAUCGCUGUGGGAAAGAGUUUCGUUGUGACCUUUGUGGAAAAACUUUCAGUCGGCAAGAAACUCUGAAAAUACAUCAACGUAAACACACUGGAGAAAACAUGAAAUACUGCAAGGAAUGUGGGAGAAGCUUCACCACAUCAAGUAGAUUAAAACAACAUGAACUCAUUCACAGUGGGGUCAAAAAGCACGUCUGUGAUCAGUGUGGGUCAUCUUUCAUUUCUGCAAGUCACCUUAAAACACACAAACAAGUCCACACAGGAGAGAAGCCAUAAAAGUGCAGACACUGUGACAAAAGCUUCUCACGAUCAGAUCCUCGGAGCCGUCAUGAACAUACUCACAUGGAAGGAAACUACAGCUGUGACCAGUGUGACAAGAGCUUCAGGAAUCUCAGUUCAUACUCCAAACACAAACGAUCCCACGUUACUAAUAAACUGUUUCACUGUUACCAAUGUGCCAAAACAUUCACUUCAUUAUCUGCUCUGUGCAAACAUCAGUGUGAUCACUCAGGGCUGGAAUCACUCCCGUCACAGUGAAUCUGAAGAGACAGAAAUAUCCUCUGGUUUCAGGGUCAGACUUAAAUCCCUUGAGAUCAGGCUCCACAGAGUUCAGAGUGAAUCUCUGAACUCUGAAUCUUAAAAAAUCUGACCUGAAAACUUUAUGAAAACUUUCCUUGUAACACUGAGUUACAGUAGGGGGGCUGGUCCUUAAUCCAGUUCAAUAGCACAUCUCCUGACAUUAAACAUAAGCUUAUAUAAUAAAAUGGAUCUCUUUUUAUUUAGAUUUUUUUAUUUGGAGGCAGCAUCUGUGGUAAGAAUUGACCCAGAUCUUUACAGAUCUUACAGUUUAGUAUCAAGUUCAUUUUCUUGUUGAUGCAGAGCCAGAAUUUAGACAUUUUUGGAAAAUCCCAUAAAAGAUGCAUAUAAGUGCCAUCUGCUGUUUUAUAUUUGAGAAAAGGUUGAAAGAUCUUU